AAUCCAAACCCAAACGAACACACCCUUAAGUUUAUUUUGGCAAAUCCCAAAAGUUCCUUCCGUUCGGGGUGGACAUAGUGAAUGCAACAGCUCGCCUCCAACCAUGGCGGCCAGCACAUCUCGAUCCCCAAUUUCCCCUCUCCCUUCCACAAUCCGAAACCCUAAACCUAUCCCCAGAUGCUCAUCCACCCUCAAAUCGGUUUAUCGCUGCUGCAGAAUCUCUCUCCACGCCUGCGAUGGGACCAAAAGCAGCCAUCAGAAAGCCCGAGCAGUUGAGUUGCAGAAGCUCGGAAGGGAGGACGCCAAGGAUUUGCCCUCAACGCUCCCGCGGCCAUUGACGUCUGCUCAGUUGUCAAAUUUAGGCUCUGAAAGCCCUCGCCUCCGCGUUGCGUAUCAGGGCGUUCGAGGUGCGUACAGCGAGUCUGCAGCCGAGAAAGCGUAUCGAAACUGUGAGGCAGUUCCAUGCGACCAGUUUGACACGGCGUUUGAAGCCGUUGAAAGUUGGCUAGUGGAUAGGGCUGUUUUGCCUAUAGAAAAUUCUUUGGGUGGCAGCAUUCAUAGGAAUUAUGACCUUCUGCUUCGACAUAGGUUGCAUAUCGUCGGAGAAGUUAAACUAGCAAUCAGACAUUGCUUGCUAGCGAACCCUGGUAUCAAGGUUGAAGACCUAAAGAGAGUUCUUAGCCAUCCUCAGGCUCUUGCACAGUGUGAGAACACUUUAACUAAAUUGGGGCUGGUUAGAGAAGCUGUGGACGACACAGCUGGUGCAGCAAAGCAUGUUGCGAUGCAAAAACUUAAGGAUGCUGGCGCAGUUGCCAGCUUGACAGCUGCUAAGAUCUAUGGUCUGGAUGUUCUUGCUCAGGACAUACAGGAUGAUUCUGAUAAUGUUACUCGGUUCCUUAUGCUGGCUAGGGAACCUAUCAUACCAGGCACCAAUAAACCUUUCAAGACUAGUAUAGUCUUCUCACUCGAGGAAGGUCCUGGAAUGCUUUUUAAAGCACUUGCUGUAUUUGCUAUGAGGAACAUCAACCUCACAAAGAUUGAAAGCCGUCCGCUUCAGAAGCACGCUUUGCAAGCACCCGAUGAAAAUUCCAUUGGCUUUCCUAAGUACUUCCCAUAUCUCUUCUAUGUUGAUUUUGAAGCAUCAAUGGCAGAAGAAAAAGCUCAAAAUGCCCUUGGUCAUCUUAGUGAGUUUGCGACAUUCUUGAGGGUGCUUGGGAGUUACCCUGCAGACAGUGGUCUUCCAUAAACCACCCCUAAUAUUUGCAAGGGUUCUCAUCUGAGUAUAAUAUAUCAAACAAAAAAGAAAGGGGCGUAUGGCAUUGGUUGCGCAAAUACAGAAACAAAUGCAAUAUGCUAGAUGAGGACAAUUGUUUCGGCAUUCUUCCUGAGUAUCGGCCUCCUAGUGAUGUUAUUAUUCAUUCUUGUAAUUAUCAAUCUUGCUUUAGCUUCUUUUUCUGCCCCCUUUUUCUCUCAAAAGGGUUGGAGGGUUGGCAUGCAACGGGCAACUGUUGGCAGAAAUACGCCGACAAUCCUAGGUAUGCCUUGAUUUAUAUAUCUUUCUGAAAAGUGUUAGCGAGACAAACAGUUAAAGAGUCUUUUGACAAAGGCGGGCGGUGUGUUAAAAUGAUCCCCGGUAAUACAUACAUAUUUAUCAUUGUUGAACUAACUUCUUUGUUCUUUUGAUUUUGGAUAUUUAUCAUAUUUAAAUGGGAUAAUCGAAAUCUUUCUUUCGGACAAAGAUGUUGAUUA